CGCCGCUAGUGCUGCCGGCGCCGGGCUAUGGAUGCCCCUGGGGCCCCGGCCCCCACCGCCGCCCCGGGCAGGAAAGCACUGAAGAUUGUGAUCGUGGGCGACGGAGGCUGCGGCAAAACUUCGCUGCUGAUGGUGUACAGCCAGGGCUCCUUCCCCGAGCACUACGCCCCGUCGGUGUUUGAGAAGUACACGGCCACCGUGACCGUGGGCAGCAAGGAGGUGACCCUGAACCUGUACGACACUGCCGGACAGGAAGACUAUGACCGGCUGCGACCCCUGUCCUACCAGAACACCCACCUCGUGCUCAUCUGCUAUGAUGUCAUGAACCCCACCAGCUACGACAACGUCCUCAUCAAGUGGUUCCCCGAGGUGACGCACUUCUGCCCACGGACCCCCAUGGUGCUCAUCGGCUGCAAGACAGACCUGAGGAAGGACAAGGAACAGCUGCGGAAACUGCGGGCCGCACAGCUGGAGCCCAUCACCUACACACAGGGCCAGAGCGCCUGCGAGCAGAUCCGCGCCGUGCUCUACCUGGAGUGUUCCGCCAAGUUCCGGGAGAACGUGGAGGACGUCUUCCGAGAGGCCGCCAAGGUUGCCCUCAGUGCUCUGAAGAAAGCCCAGCGACAGAAACAGCGCCGGCUCUGCCAGCUGCUCUGA